CAAAUUACUAGAUUACAGUGUAACGUAAGCAUUGCGAUACCAAAUAAUAAGUAAGUGUUCUUUGUGUUUGCUACAAAAGAAUAAGCGAUACACAAAGCUCUGAAGGUUCUCGUGGCAGUCAACGUGUUAAUAAACGCGUAAUAUUUACAGCGAAUAUCACUGACAAUGCUCGACAAUUACCGCAAUUGAUUGGAACUAUUGGAACUUUCGUAAAGAAGAAUACGUGAAACCCGAGAAGAUCAAGGGCUAAUUGAUAUAAUUCGCUACCGAAGCAGCGAACGUGUGACUGUGGUUGCGGCUGUGUCACAGACACGCUCACUUAUGCAGACUUCAAUGUGCAAGCAACAAAACAUUUGCAAUUAUCCUGGAAACUAAAAGAAACCGACAUUUGUAUCAAAGGAGAAAGUUGUUCCUAAACGUCGAUUUCUCCGACAUUCGUUAGUUUCACGAAAAUCAACGUUACCGCCAUGAUUCUGCACUGUUACCAUCAUUACCGAGUAACGUCAACAUACAUUCCAAUCGACUAAUUUAAAAUCAAACGUGAACGAAGACCGAUUCCGAUAACAGAAAUGUUGCCGUGAAAGUGAACCGUUCGCCAGAUACAUUGUUACCGAAACGAAUAUUAAUAAACAUAUCGGGACAGAUGCAAACGUAACCGACGAUACAAAGCUAUUGAUUUAUUUGCAGCACGCGCAACCUUAUUAAACGCAACGAUUAAUUGCAUUAAUAAAGAAACCGGAAACUGUUGUGCGCGGAAAAGCAAUGCUAUUUUACGAGCCACGAGAAUUCGCGUUUAGUUCAGUUUGAGCGGCCGUAGGUGUAACAUGUCAGUUUUUAUCAGCUCCGACUUUAGACGAACGCGAACAGUUUGAAACGUAGCAAACUCGGAUAUUUUUAUACCCGUGAACCUACCGCCAGUCUUCCUCGGGAAUUCGUCUUUAAGCCUUCGAAAAAGUUGGUGUUGCGGUUCGUCACGGGCGUUCGUUGAAAGAAGUGCGCAAGCGAAGAACGCAGAUCACACUCUUCCCAAGGAAAUCGCGUUAACUUUUUUAUUUCGCGUAAUCGAAUUCCGAGAGAUCGCUUGAAAUAAAAAAGAAAAAGAAACGGAGAGAAUAUUUCGAUGCACGCGUGAAAAUCGUACCAUGUGAUCCGAGCGAACCGAGAGUGCAUUUUUAAAGAGUCAUUUAAUUAUUUCCUGUGCAGCCGUCGUCGAUUAAGUGUCGCGAGUUUCGUCGAUCGAAAGAGUAGCCGUUCAAAUAUCGACACGGGAUACACGGUUCCUGUAAAUUGAUUGAUACGCGGACGAUCGUCGAGAUCCCCGAUCAUCGAGUGAUAAGUUCGUAACAAUAGUGGAACGCGAUUUUUCAGGGGAAAAGAAAUUUUCUCGUUGAAUCGCAUUUUAUGAGAAACAUUAAGAUUAACGCCUCUGAAGUUUUGCUAAGGGUUAAUUUAGAAUUCGCGUGUGAAAUCUCGUGAUGGACGAUAAGCCGGCCAGUUCGUUGACGAAGAAGUUUAAAGAAAACACGGGGAAAAUACUUUCGUCGCCGGCAGAGGAUAAUGGCGAGAAACUUUCACUCGGACAAGCUUGCACGCCGGUCGAAAUUAAAGAGGAGGACUCUACUGAUGAAAUUCAGGAAUAUGCAGCAAUUACAAUGAGUGAAUUGCUGGGAUGGUAUGGUUACAACAAGGUGGACAGUGACUGUACAAGAAGUUUAAACUUGGAUCAUUUUACAUCAUUACCUUAUAUGAAAAAUAAUCAAAUACUUCAAAUGAAACCGACCUUUAUUUCAAACAAACAAAAGCCAAAGUCACCAAUAUCGUUUAAUGCAACCAAUUUGCCUUUCCAUGGUUUAAAUUUACCAUUGACACAUUCUGCAAACAAUUUGACAACUAUGGGUGGACAGAUACUAUCAUCCCCAUUAUCACUGAAGAAAGGAACAGUUGAUUUUACAACUAAUGGUCCUUAUAAUUUCUCAAGUUCUACUUGCUCAGGUGAUGCAUUCUGUUCUUGGUGCGGUCAAACCACUGAAACAUGUAAAUCUGAAAAGACAAAUUCUGUUCCUUGCAAUACAAUAAAUACUUUGGGACAUUUUUGCAGUGAUGCUUGUUUCGCAGCUGGCAGACGAGCUGUAUUUAAACGGGCAAAAACCUGCAAUUGGUGUCGGCAUAUAAAAAAUCCAAUUAGUUAUGUUGAUUUCCAGGAUGGUGAAAGUCAACUUCAAUUUUGUAGUGACAAGUGUUUAAAUCAAUACAAAAUGAAUAUUUUUUGCCAUGAAACAAGAACUCACUUAAUGCUUCAUGGUUUGAAUACUGUUUCUUAUCAUGACACAGAGAAAGGCAAUUUAAUAACACCAGAACUUUGGUUUCGAAAUUGUCAAUCACCAGUGGCUAGUCCCACAGAGAAUAAAGUUGCAGAUGAACAUAUGACUUCUGACCUAUCAUCUUCUCAUAAAGACAAAACAAAGGAAAAAGAACAGGAUGAGACUGAGAAAUCAAUAGAGUCCACCAAAAAAAUUACAAAAACAGGAGACUCAUUUUGCAUCCAAUUAUGUACCAAAGCUAAUAACUGUAACGGAAACAGAAAAAAUGUUCAUACAGAAAUUAAUGAAAAUGAUAUUAAUGAACGAAAUAAAAAACAAAACUUAAUAAAUGAAGACAACAAAUUCUGUCAUUUUCUAAAUAAUCAAACUCAUUGCGCGGUAGAUUGUUCACAACAAAAUACCUUGAGUUGUAACAACUUUACAAAAAAUUGUAACCUGAUAAAUGUCAUAAAUUAUGAUUCGCAUAGUCAUGAACACAACAACGUAUUUUUUAGAAGGAAUAUACAUGUAAAAGACAUAAGAAUUUUACAACAAGAAAAGAAAGACACUCUAUCGGAAAAUACUGUAGGUACAUCACAUCCAUUUGCAAAUACAUCUGCAUCUACAAUAGAGCAUGAAACUCCAUUGUCAUCUGAAUGUUUUACAGACAAGUUUAAUCAAGCAAAAUACAGAAAACAAACUAACAUUUCUUCAAGAACAUCGCCGCUAAUACAAUCCGAACAAACUGAGUCCUCUGUUCGUGCAUUACCUACUAGUCUUUUACCUCCUGUUACAGUACUCGUACCAUAUCCUAUUCCAGUGCCCAUACCUAUACCAAUUCCUGUUCCAAUUCCAACUCCAAUUCUUAAUAAACUUAUGGUCGAUGAACAAAAGAUACCUACAAACAUUAAAGAUACAAAAUAUAAAAAUCCAAAAUGUAAUGAAUCGAUAGAAAAUAAGUGUUCUAUGCUUCAGGAAUCACAAUUAUGUACAAAUACAAAUAUAUCUGUAACAGAAGAACCACAGCGUGCAACUUCGACAAAACUUUGUGUUUCAUUGUCCUCUUCUAGUAUUAACAAUGAAAAUAACAAUAUCCAAUCAUUCAAAUGCAAUGCAAAACCUCCAAGGAAGAGAAAACAUUUAAAUGAAAAUAUUAAUUAUGAACGUAAAGAACCAAGAUUAAAAAAGAGAAAUAAAUUUAUAACAGCUUAAAAAAGACAAUAGAAAUACAUAUUUUUUAUGAUCAACAUAAAGAAACCCUUAAUUCAUCACAGUGAUUUUAAUAACUGAUUAGUCUUAAUAGUCUGUUUAUUAGAAAAGCAUUUUACAAUUAACAUAUAAUACUUUAUAGCCCCUAUAAAAUUGUAAUAUAAUAUACACACAAAUAAAUAAUAUUUUGGAAAUUCCAUUAAAUAAACAAAGCAUUAUCAGUGAAUAGUGAUAAUAUUUACUUUAAUGUUUUGUUGUAAUAAGACAAAUA